GGCUGCCAGCUGCCCUACCCGCUCUGCCUCUGGAGCUUACCGUCCUUUACAACUCCCUGCUUUUUACUGUGGGAGCAUCUGACUCUGCCAUGGAAGGAGAAGCAGAAGGAAUACGCCAGGGGCUCCUCAGGGUUCUGGAGGCUUGUGGGGCCUGCGGGCAGGAUCUUAGCACCGAAGAGCUGUGGCAGAAGGUGCUGCAGGAGGUAACUGUGGAGGAGCUGCAGGCACCUCUGCACCGACUGGGGGCCCUGCAAGCAGCGUGGUGGCUGGCAGCCAGCCGCCUGGGAAGCACUGCCGGCCUCUUACGGCUCCUGAGCAACGCUGAGGACCCGGGAAGAGCUCUCUGCAGCAAGGGGGAGAACGAACUCCUCUCCCUGCUCAAGGCAUGGCGAGUACCUGCUGAGGAGGCCUCCCUGCCCCUCGUACAGAGCACUGAGGACUUGAAAGAGAUCCUCUGCACCGCAGCAGCCUUCCUGCAAGGGCUGCAGGAGCUGGAAGCUGGGAACUUCCCCACUGCCCUCUCCCUCCUUCAGGAGGCUGCGGGAGGAUUCUGCUCCAAGAGGGUCCUGGCCCAGAUCUACACCUGCCUCGGCUGCUGUGCUCAGCGAAUGGGCAAGCCUCAGACAGCCCUUCAGCACCUGAAACGGGCCCUCCAGGUAGACUUCCAGUGCCUUCCUGCCCUGUCCCACACGGCAGCAGUGUACCACGAGCUGGGGGAGACCGAGGCGGAGCUGCAGGCCCUGGCUCUGCUCUAUGAGGCUCUGGAAAAAAACCCUCCAGCAGCUGUUUCCUCUAGUCCAUACUUCCUAAUCCAAACAGAGCUCCUUGUCCACACGCCAAUACUGGCUUCUCUCCUCCGCCACCGCCAUCCCUCUGAAGUGAAGUACCUGCUGGCACAGCGGUGUCUCCAGGAUGGGAGGGUGGCUGAUGCAGUGGAACACUACCUGGAUUUUCUGGCUCUGCUUCAGGAGGGGCUGCAGCAGCAGGUGCCCCUAGACAGUGGCUCAGCUCUGCCCAGGAUCCCCGAGGUGUUCCUGGAAGCAGCAUCCGCCUUGGAGCAGGCCGGGAGGCACCAGGAUGCCAUAACCGUGUGCGAGGAGGUCAUCAGCCGGACGACUGACCUGAUCCCACGGACGUUACGAGUGGAGGAGAGGCUGGAGCAGCUGGAGUGCCCGUCGCCAGGGGCAGGGCUGGCAGAUAGACUCCUGUCCCAGAAGAAGGAGAGCCUGUGCUGCCUCGCCUGGAGAGCAGCUGGAUACCUGCACCAGGGCUGGGCAUGGGCCAAGCUGGGCGAGAGCAAGGAGGCCGUGACGCAAUUCAGCAGGUGCCUCGGCGAUCUCUUGCGAGUCCAGCUUUAUGGGUCCAGCGCUGAACCGGCGGAGAGUCUCCUGCCAGAAGUGGAGGUGCUCCAGAAGAUCAGGUUGCUCUCUCUCAUCGGGAGAGGUGCACAGUUCCUGGAGCUGGGGAAGCACAAGGAAGCCUUGUUGGAUUUCCAGCACGGUUUGCAGAUCUCGCCAGGUGAUCCAGCUGCUGCCUCCUACUUGGCGCAGGCCUUGUGGAAACUGAACCGAAAGCAGGAGGCGGCAGCUCACUGGCAGAAGUUCUCCCAGAGUGCCCCUGGGGAGGAUGGGCAAGAGGAAGGGCAGCAAAGGCCCUUCCCUUUGUACCUGGUUUCGUGUCUGAAGCAGGCGAUGUUCCCACACAGCGAACCUCUUGCCAGAAGCAUACAGGAUUACCUCAGGACCACAAGCCGGGACCCCUCAAGCUAA